AAACUCCCGUUUCCAUUUUCCACUUAAAAAAUUGAAAAGAACCAAAGUCUUAACUCUAAGCUCUCCGUCUCUCCUCUGCAAUUCAGAUGGUGGAUCCGCCAUGCCUUCGAAGCUUCCUACCACUAUCCCUUGCCUCGUCUUCAUUUCCGUCCUCCUCCUUUACCUCUACUCCACUUCGCUCUUCCCUUACUCCUCCACAUCCGUCACCAUUCCUUCUCUUUCCACACCUUGCAAUCUCUUCGAAGGCCACUGGGUCUUAGACCCUCAAGCUCCUAAACCCUUUUACGAUGAGUCCUGCCCAUUUCAUAGGAACGCCUGGAACUGCCUUAGAAACAAGAGAGACAACAUGGGUCUCAUCAAUUCCUGGAAAUGGGUGCCCCAAAAAUGCAAUUUGCCACGGAUUAAUCCGGAGAGAUUCCUAGAGAUAAUGAGAAAUAGGAACAUUGGAUUUGUUGGCGAUUCUUUAAAUGAGAAUUUUUUGGUUUCGUUUUUGUGUAUUCUUAGAGUAGCUGAUGCUGAUGCGAAGAGGUGGAAAAGGAAAGGGGCUUGGAGAGGUGCUUAUUUCCCUAAAUUCAAUGUCACCGUGGCAUAUCACCGGGCUGUUUUGCUCGCCAAAUAUCAGUGGCAGCCAAAACAGUCUGUACUUGCAAAUGAUGGACUGAAGGGAACUUAUCGCGUAGAUGUUGACAUACCUGCAGAUGAAUGGGCCACCAUCAAUGAUUUUUAUGAUGUUCUCAUAUUUAAUACUGGACACUGGUGGGGCUAUGACAAAUUCCCAAAAGAGACACCUGUGGUUUUUUAUCUUGCUGGCCAACCGAUACUUCCUCCACUUGGGUUGUUUGAUGGACUUAAAGUUGUUCUUGAGAAUAUGGUCUCAUAUAUACAGAGUGAAAUUCCUGGCAAGACACUCAAGUUUUGGCGGCUGCAAUCACCACGGCAUUUUUAUGGUGGUGAGUGGAACCAAAAUGGAAGUUGUUUGUUCAAUGAGCCCCUCAAGGAAUAUGAGCUUGAUUUAUGGUUUGAUCCCAGCAAAAAUGGUGUGAACAAAGAAGCAAGAAAAAUUAAUCAUGCAAUUGAACAGAUAUUGCAAGGCACAGAUAUUCACUUGCUGGAUCUAACUCAUUUGAGCGAGUAUAGAGCUGAUGCACACCCUGCAAUUUGGUUAGGGAAGAAGGAUGCUGUAGCAAUCUGGGGACAGGAUUGCAUGCAUUGGUGCCUGCCUGGUGUUCCUGACACAUGGGUUGAUAUCUUGUCCGAGCUCAUCCGCCAAGGUGUUAUGAGGAACUGAUAAAGAGAGAAGGCCAUGUUAAAAAGCUGUUUUGCGGAUUUCUGUACACUACACGGUAAAAUGCAAUGGAGUUCAUGGACCAAUUUUAUGGAAUCUGAAGCUGGUGUUUUUGGACAGACUCUCUGGAGAUAUAACUUCCAGUAGAUUCAGAUUGAAUAUUCUUCCUUAACAUCCUCUUUACAUUAACGUUUUGAAGGGAAAUAAAUUUGUUCACAGAUGAGUGAGAUUUUGAAGCAGGCAAAAAUAGGGGAAUAGGAAAUUCUUUCAGGUGGUGAAAUUGGUGAUUGGAAGGUUAACUGAAUGACUACAUUUUUCUUCCACUUGAUAUUGGUCCUGUACGUUUGAGAUAUAUCUUUUCUGUACACAAAUUAUUUAUUUCAAUUUGUAUUUCACUCGUAAAAUGUAUUUUUAAUUUAGAAAUAA